UUCCUUGAAGAAAAACCCUUUUCAAAUUUCAUCUCCAAAUGUAACGAUUUCUAGGAUGAAGUCCAUGCGCAAGUUGAAAUUUGCAGUCUUAUUUUCUCAUCUCCCCAAAAUUGAAAUCACUCCUUCCAUUUCAUGGGCUUCUGACUCUGUCUUUUGCAGUCACCCAGUUCGAAUACUUAAUCCUCUUCACCUAAUUUCAACAUCUCUUUCCCUCAGUAACUUCAAUUGUUUAUCUCAAAAUCGAAGGAUGCAAAUGGAGGCGUUUUCUUCUCCGGCGGGUGAGAUUCACGCGAUAGUUGGUCCAAUGCUCUCAGUUAAAAGAAUUCAGUUAGAGAAUAAUAACAUCAGUUUUCAGGUGAAGCCUCGCAAAGGCGGCCCCAACUUGGAUAAAGUUUUAAAAGGUCUAUGUAUAUCUGGCAGGUUGGCAGAAGCUAUUGGGCUUUUGUGUCGUACAGGAUUAGCAGUGCACUCAAGGACAUAUUCUCUUCUGUUACAGGAAAGCAUAUUGAGGAAAGAAUACAAGAAAGCCAGAAGAAUCCAUGCACAAAUGAUUGUAGUUGGAUAUGUUCCCAAUGAAUACUUAAAGACCAAAUUGUUAAUAUUAUAUGCCAAAUCAGGAUACCUAGAAACCGCACGUACUCUGUUUAAUAAUUUGGCAGAGAAGGGCUUAGUUUCAUGGAAUGCAAUCAUUGCUGGGUACAUCCAAAAGGGCCUUGAAGAAGUGGGGUUGGAUUUUUUCUAUUUGAUGAGACAGUCUGGCUUAAGACCAGAUCAGUAUACCUUUGCAUCAGUUUAUAGAGCAUGUGCAACCUUGGCUUCGCUGGAACCUGGGAAGCAAGCCCAUGGUGUGAUGAUCAAGUGUCAAAUUAAGGACAAUGUAGUUGUCAACAGUGCCCUUAUUGACAUGUAUUUUAAAUGCAGUAGCAUCCAUGAUGGGCAGCUACUAUUUGAUAAAUGUUUAAGCAGAAAUACCAUUACUUGGACUGCUCUAAUAUCUGGUUAUGGUCAGCAUGGAAGCGUUGUGGAAGUUAUAAAAUCUUUUCAUAAAAUGAUAUCAGAAGGUUUUAGACCAAAUUAUGUUACUUUCCUUGCUGUUUUGUCUGCUUGUAGCCAUGGUGGGUUGAUUGAUGAGGGAUGGAAAUAUUUUCUGUCAAUGACAAGAGAGUAUGAAAUUCCGCCACGGAGCCAGCAUUAUGCAACAAUGGUUGACCUUUUAGGGCGUGCUGGCAAGUUAAAGGAGGCUUAUGAGUUUGUCCUGAAUUCACCUUUUAAAGAACACGCAGCAGUAUGGGGUGCUCUGAUUGGGGCUUGUAAGAUUCAUGGAGACAGGGGCUUGUUAAAGGUUGCAUCCAAGAAAUUCUUUGAAUUAGAACCUGCAAAUGCUGGAAAACAUGUUGUCUUGGCAAAUGCAUAUGCCAACUCUGGGCUGUGGGACAAUGUUGAGGAGGUUUGGACCCUGAUGAGGAAAUCAGGGAUGGUAAAGGAGCCUGGUUAUAGCAGGAUAGAGGUACAGCGAGAGGUUUUCUUGUUCUAUAAGGGUGAUACAUCUCACCAUAAAUCUGAUGAGAUUUACAAACUGAGUAAAGAGAUGAGGUGCAUCCCAGUGGAUGCAGAAUAUAUGCCUGAUAUAUGCGGAACCUAGUGCAUAUGCAUUAUCAAAGAAUCUUGGAGAUAAAGAGCUUGCUGUUGCUAGCUUUUCUUAUCUUGAUAUCUGUAAUUUGGAUUGCCCAUAAAAGUUCAGGUAUGGUGCUUUAGGAAUUUAAACAAAACUAUUAAUUGCAUAUAAAGUUCCUUUAGUUGCAAAUUGAAAAUUCCAAGUGAAACAGUGAAUUCUGAAACAUUUAGGAGCCUUCAUAUUGUUGUUUAUAACAUAGGAAUAAUGUUCUUUUACAGUGGGUGCAAAUGGCAAGUUUAUUUUGGAGAUUGGUUGUCGGAGGUAUCUAAUAUGUGACAUGUGAAAAAGGAAAUCAUACAUCAAUUAGUAUAAUUUGGGUAUAUUGCCCCCAGCCUUGUUGUAGCCUUUUUGGUAUUUAUUGGAGAUCCAUUAUCAAUCACUCUGUAUUCUCUUAUGUACAAAUUCUCACCAGAUAGAGAUCUAUAUUCCUUUCUUGCUAGCUGACUGCUAACAGCUCAGUGUUCAAUUGGUUGUGUCCCAUUUUACUCUGUAAUUUAUGCGAUUUUAGUUGCUGUGCUAUAUCUUCAGAAGCCAUUGCGUGGUCAGUUUAAGUUUUUGAAGCAUAUUGGUUUCUCUUUGGAGUCUUCGUUGAAUCAGAAAUCAUGUUCAAGCCGGUUCCUGGAACCUUGCCUUCUAAAGCUAACAGAUAUCUUUUUGUCUGCAGUGAUUCCCAUGGAAUUUUGUAUCUUCUAAUAUAUGUUGAUGACCUUUUGAUGAUCACUGGCCCAUAUGGAACCACUGUCAUUCAGUUGACUGAUUACGUGAAUGGCCUGUUUUCCUUGAACGUACUGGGUGAACUUUCCUAUUUUCUUGGCAUUGAGUUCAUUCAGACAUGUGCUGAAAUGUUCUUGCUCAGUGAAAAUAUGUACGAGUUGCUUGUUGACACUAGAAUGAUUGCAGUUAAUGCUGCUUGUACUCCCAUGGUUGCUAACUUGCAAGUUAGGACGUCAGAUGGAGAUUUAUUUCGUGAUCCAAGACACUCUCACAACAUCUUAGGUAAAUUGCAAUAUCUCUGCUACACUCACCCAAAUUUGCCUUCUUCGUCUACCACCUUGGCUAAUACCUUCAUCAACGUCGCUUUCCACAUGGGAGGUUUGUCAGGGAGUUAUCUGUUACCGUGGCAGUUCCAUUAAGGG